AUAGAAGAUGAAAAAAGAUGAUAAAUAAUUAGUGAUAAUUAGUAAUUUAUGUUAACAGAAAUCAACAUCAGCAAUAUUCUUCUUACUGUGCUACCCAAUUAAUGUUAAUCCAAUUUAGUUCAACAAUUGUUGACAAUUUUUCUCAUUCUUCAAUCACCACCGCCGCCUUUUUAAUUCUCAACAUUAGAAUAUGUUUAUUAUUGAUUGUAGUGAUUUCUUUUUUCGCCAUCAUCAUCCUACCCUUUUCUUCAACAUCAUCAACAUUAUUUACUCAGUUUUCUCUCUCUCCCAAUCAUUACAAAUAUAAUAAUUUACUAACUAAAACCCAACCAUUAACUCCAAAUAAUUGAGAAACAAUUUUCCUUUUCUCUCAAAUUCUAUUCUCUUUCUUCCCUAUCUUUUAGUCUCUUUUUUCCUCUCUCCUUAUUUCAUUCAUUUUCCAUCUAAAUUUCAUCUCUCUUUCUCUCUCUUACUCUAUUUCCUUCCCAUUUAUUAUAAUCAUUAUGAUUACAUUAUAUUUCUACAAUUAUAAUCACUAAUAGUUGUUGAUUACUUGUAAAUUGUGUAUUUAAAGUCUCCUUAUCUCCGGUUUUUCAUCUCUUCUAUUCUCUUUUCCUUAUCAUCUCUGUCAAUCAAAGCUCUUGAUUUGUUUUCUUUUUUCGGUUAAUUUUUUGACAGCCAUGGACAAUGGUUCCUGGUUAUUGAGGCUAUUCCAGUCUCGGCUGUUUGAGAUGUCGUUGGCCAUUACCUAUCUAUUUAAAUCAAAAGAACCUGGUGUAUUAAGUUACAUAGGUAAUCGUCUAUUUACCUUUGAUGAGGCUGAUGUUGAUUUUUAUUUACCCCAAUUAGUUGUACUUUAUAUUAAUCAUGCUGAUAUAGCUGAUGCUUUACAUCCUUAUUUUGAGAACCGUUGCCGAUCUUGUCCUGAAUUUAGCCUUCAAUUGGCUUGGCUGUUAAAUGCUUUCUGUUCUGAAGCCUCACCAACAUCAUCUUCCUCUCUACUCAUCUCUUCUUGUUUUGCUUCCUCUUUAUCCGCUUCAUCAUCACUCAUCACAUCAAAUUCGGCUUCCAUUCCAAAGUUAACCUCAUCUUCUUCAUCUCUUUCUUCAUUUACAUCUUUCACCACUUCUAUAAACAGUCUGAAAAAGUCUCAUGGAGUUAAGCUGAAAAAUUUAAUUCUAAGUGAAGAAUUAAAACCCAAACAACAAUCCAGUUACAAAUCUAUAAGAAACAAUUUCACUGAUAAGAAUAAACUUCUCAGAUCAACCAAUAAUUCACUUAAUGGCGGUGAUAAUAUUAUCAAUAUUGAAUCAAAUACUAAAAAUAAUUCUUCCACUACAACAUCUACAUUAGAAACUACACCAACAACUACAAUAACAACUUCUAAUGAUAUUAGUUACGAUCUGACUGGUUGCACAUCAAAUGUGACUGUUAAUGGGAACAAUAAUUGUAAUAAUAAUAUCGCUACCACCACCAAGACCGCCGAGAACUCAAGUAAUAAUAAUCCCAACGAUUGUAAUAAUCAUCAAGACAAUAGUGAUACUAAUAGUAAAAGUCAACCUAAGCCCGACAUCCAUGUGACCGAAUUAUCUGCCACAAUUAACUCUUCUGUGGACCAAUUGCCAAGAGAUUCAUCAUCAUCUCAUACUCAAAAUAAUUCUGUUAACAGUUUGGCAGAAAAUAACAAUCAAACCCCACCAAUCAAUGGUCAAUCAUCAUCAUCAUCAUCAUCACCAUCUGAUAACAAUAAUACCACAAAUACAUCGGUUAAAAAUACGAAAUUAUCAACAUCUAAUUCAACAGUUAUAUCGACAAUUAAUCAUAUCCCAGCGUCUCCAUCUCUUGUCCCUUCAACUGUAAAAGUAAACUUAUUGAGUCUUUCAUUAGCCUCUUCAGCCAAACCUUUAACAGCCUUUUCCUCUGGGAAAAUUUCUCAUCAUCAUGCAUCUCUCCGUAAAAGUCACCACCGAUCUUAUUCCGAUGCAACGGGAUCAUUAUUAUAUUCCACCUCUUCAUCAAUUACCACCGCAUCUCUGCUUAAUCCUGCCAAAAGUCUUGGUGAUUUAACUUCUGGUCACGCUUUUGACAAUGGUUGUGUUUGCUUUGAUUCUUGCGCUGGAAUUUGUAACGAUUUGAGAGGUGAAAAGAUUCACUGUCACUGUGGUGCUCCUCGUUUAUCAGCUGAAUAUGAGUUCAUUAAAUGUCUCAUGUUAAUCUCAACUCGAUUACAAAAAAUCGCCUCCAAAGAUGUUAAAACGCAACGUCUAAUGGCUGAACUGUCCAUUCUCAAUCUUAAUCUACCUGCUCGAGUUUGGUUACCAAUAUAUUCAUUCCGCCAUAUGAUUGUCCGAGUACCACCGGGAGCAGCGGUUCUCCUAAAUUCUAAAGAUAAAUCUCCUUAUUUAGUUUACUUUGAAGCAGUUGAAUUAACUGGUGACAUUAAUUCAACUCCUUUACCCACCAAAGUUAUCGAUAGCCUAAGGCAAACCCGGUCUGAAGAGAAUUUAGUUAAUUACUGCUCUCGAAGAGAUGAAUCAACAACAAAAGGUGAUGAGAUAACUUCCAAGUUCAAUCUUUUCUCAUCUUCCCCAAUUAAUAAUAAUGAUACUGGUGAAGAUACCGGGGAAGAUACUACAGAUGAUUGUUGGGAUCCCUCCAUUGAUGAUGAUAAAAUUUGCUCAACAACAAUAAACAACCAAAUUGUUAUAAAGGAAAAGGAAAUCGGGGUAAAAGUUGACUUGGAAGAUAAAGAUAAAGACACUUUAUCCCAGUCAUCUCAAGAAUCACUGAUUCCAAGUGAAGAUCCUGCUAAUCGUAAUGGUCACAAUUACAUUGGUGCCUCUGAAAUUAAACAGUCUCUCUAUGAAUCACUUAAUCAACCUAAAGCCAAUUUCACCAUAGAUCCGGAAGAUCCUUCAGCUGCUUUUCUCAAGGAGCCUUUAGAUGAAAAGAUAGCUCGGAUUCGGGAAUCAUCGCCCUAUGGACACCUACAGGGCUGGAGAUUGGUGGCUGCGAUAAUUAAAUGUGGUGACGAUUUGCGACAAGAGGUGAUGGUUCAUCAAUUUUUGGUUAUUUUACAACAAAUCUGGGAAAAAGAGCAUGUCCCUCUCUGGUUACGCCCUUACAAAAUAAUGGUCACUUCAGCUGAUCAUGGUAUCAUUGAGCCCAUCCUUAAUAGUAUAUCAUUACAUCAAGUUAAAAAACACUCGAAAAUGUCUUUAUAUGAAUAUUCUAAAGAGUUUGGACCAACAAACAGCGAAACCUUUUUAACCGCCCAAAAAAAUUUUGUCCAAAGUUGUGCAGCUUAUUGUAUAGUCUCUUAUUUAAUUCAAGUUAAAGACAGACAUAAUGGCAAUAUACUCUUAGAUUCAGAGGGACAUUUAAUCCACAUAGAUUUUGGUUUUAUUCUUUCAAUUUCUCCCAAGAAUCUUGGUUUUGAGAAUUCGCCUUUUAAAUUGACCCAUGAAUUUGUCGAAGUCAUGGGUGGAAUCGAUAGUGAUAUUUUUAAAUAUUUCAAAAUUCUAAUUUUACAAGGUUUGGUGGCAGCCAGAAAAUAUCAUGAUCGCUUAUUGACAUUAGUUGAAAUAAUUCAAGCCAAUUGUCAAUUACCCUGUUUUAAGACUGGUGCAAGCACAAUAACGUCAUUAAAGGAUCGAUUCCAUAUUGGAAUGACGGAAGAUCAGUUAAAACAAUAUGUAGAGAAUAUGGUUCAAUCAAGUAUUAAUUCAUUGACUACAAAAAUCUACGAUGGAUUUCAAUAUUUAACUAAUGGUAUAUUGUAAUACUAAGUAUAAUUCACCAUGGUUUCUAAUUAUCUAUUGAUUGGUCAUCUUAAAGCUGGAAACAAUUUAAGUGAUACUGAUUUUGAUCUUAAUCAUUUGUAUCCCAAUGUAAAUCUAAACACAUUAUUGCCGAGCAGCAAAUUUAAUUCACAAAAAAAGACGAACGGAAUCAACCAUUUGGCUAAUUGUUGAUGGAAGUUAUAAUUUGCAUGGUUUUUAUACUCAAUUAACAAAACAUUUAAACAAAUUCUGUUCUGUUCUGUUUUUGUUAAAUUUCUCUUUCUUUACUCUCUUUUUAAUUAGAGAAAAAAAAGCGAAAACUAAUUCACUUCCAUCAAUAUCUUCAUCAUCUUCAUCAUUUUGUUAAGUUAUUUGUUCCUUUCUAAAUUGCUGUUAUCAAACCAAUAUUAUAUAAUUCGGAAUCAAAUUGGAUCAACAAUUAAUCACGAAAGAUUUAAACUUGGGUGAAAAAAAUUGGUUUACGAAAAGAGAAGAGGAAAAGAAAGCAAUUUAAAUGCAAAGUGCCUCAAUUAAAUUGAAACUUUAAUCGUUGGAGUAAAGUGAUUUACCAUUA